GCUUAUGGAAUGAGUUACUAGCUGAUUCUGGAGCAGCUCUUGGGGGGACAGUGUUGCAGCUGCCAUUCACGAUUGACUCUCGCGGAACCCGAAACACGCAGGCCCAGACUGAGAGGCAAUGGGACGGUCCUCGAAGGAUAAACGGGAUAUAUACUACCGGCUUGCCAAGGAGGAGGGCUGGCGAGCACGAAGCGCCUUCAAACUGCUUCAGCUGGAUGAGGAAUUCAGGCUCUUCAAAGGAGUCUGCCGGGCUGUAGACCUGUGUGCUGCUCCAGGGAGCUGGAGUCAGGUGCUGAGUCGCAAACUCAAGGGGGAUGAAGGGAAGGGCACAGAAGUAAAGAUUGUGGCAGUGGACCUCCAGGCCAUGGCUCCCCUGCCUGCCGUCACCCAGAUCCAGGGAGACAUCACCAAGGUCUCCACGGCCCAGGAGAUCAUCCGUCACUUUGAGGGUCAGCCUGCUGACCUUGUGGUGUGUGACGGCGCCCCCGAUGUGACUGGGCUCCACGAUGUGGAUGAGUACAUCCAGGCCCAGCUCCUCCUGGCUGCUCUGAAUAUCACCACUCACGUUCUGAAGCCAGGAGGCACCUUUGUGGCGAAGAUUUUCCGUGGAAAGGACGUCACCCUCCUCUACUCUCAGCUGAAGAUCUUCUUCUCUGGCGUGACGUGCGCCAAGCCACGCAGCAGCCGCAACUCCAGCAUCGAGGCGUUUGUGGUGUGCCAAGGGUACACUCCCCCUGAGGGCUAUAUCCCCAACAUGUCUAACCCUCUCCUGGAUCACUGCUACGACGUUGACUUCAAUCAGCUGGAGGGUCCAAACCGGGUGAUCGUCCCCUUCCUGGCAUGUGGAGACCUGAGUGCCUAUGAUUCUGACAGGACCUACCCCCUUCAGCUGGAUCCCAACAAGGAAUAUCAAUACCUGCCUCCCACACAGCCCCCUAUCCAACCCCCCUACCAGAAGGCUUGUCUUCUCCGCAAACACAACCUUCUUGCCAAAGAGACCCUUAGUCCCAGCUCCACCCCAGAACCAUCAGCAUGUCAAGAGCAAGAGUUGUCUCCUCGUCAGGAUGUGUCCAUCAAUCAGGAACAAGCAGAAACUGCCUGAAUCAGGUUACCGUAGCAUGUAGGCUAAACAGCAUUUUAAUGAGAAUAAAUAAAACAAGAACUGACCUGGACAUAAAGAGAACUUCUAAUUUUAUAAAACAUAAAAUAAAGAAACAAAAAAUC